UUCGGUCCAGACCCAGCAUGUCUCCGCACGACCGAACCGCGCAGCAGAACAAACCCUUCAAACAGCGCAAGAGCUUCGAGACCAGGAAGAUGGAGGUGGCGGGGAUCCGGUCCAAAUUCCCGAACAAGAUCCCGGUGAUCAUCGAGCGAUACGACAAGGAGAAAAACCUUCCGCCUCUGGACAAAACCAAGUUCCUGGUUCCGCACGAACUCACCAUGACCCAGUUCGUCACCAUCAUCAGGAACCGGAUGGCGCUGCUGCACAACCAGACCUUCAACCUGUUCAUCAACAGAAAGAGUCUGGCCACUCUGUCGCUCACCAUGGCUCAGGUCUACAAAGACCACCAGGACGACGACGGCUUCCUCUACAUGACCUACGCCUCCAGGAGAUGUUCGGCCUUUGACUGGACCGCAGCUCUGCUGGGCUGGCCUGCUGUAAAUAGAAAAUAUUUUAAUAGAUGUUCACUGUAAGAUGGUGUUUUAAUGAUCCAAUAAAUGUUGACCCUGGCUGUGAAAAGGUCCGGUCUGCUGGUUCUGACUCGGUUCUGCCGCAGGCCGUGAGGCGUUCAGGGUCUCCGGGGAGAAAGAG